AUUUUGCCUACAAUAUUAUCACCACAAAUGAAUCCCUAGAAUUUUAGUUGUAGGCUAGUGUUUAUUUAUCAGUUUCUCAAAUUGAAUUUCGUUUUUAGGGUUCUUAAUUUCCUCCGAUUUAGCGAUUAGAGAAAUAAAUAAACAGUGGUUCGAUAUGGAAAGUGGAGUUGCAAUUAUUCAAGAAUCUCCAAAAGUUAUCAAUCUCAAGCAACAAAAUAGAGCCGAUUCUUCUUCUACUGCAGACGGUGCUUCUGUGUUUGAUGCAUCACAAUAUGCAUUUUUUGGUGAAGAGCUUGUUGAGGAAGUUGAAUUAGGGGGAUUAGACGAUGAAGACGACGAGUUAUUACCAGCUGCGGCUGCUGAUUUUGAACACGAGGAAGAAGAGGAGUUUCUGUUCGGUAGACGAGAUGGCGAGGCUGUAACAUCUCUAUCUGAUGUUGAUGAUCUUGCCGGUACAUUUGCAAAGUUGAGUAGAGAUGUCAGUAUACCAAGGAGUGCAUCAAUAAUUGAUGGUAGAGGAUUCAGCCAAAAUUUAUCAACUCCUGAAUGGGCAAAGGGGGAGGAUUUUCAUAACUAUCAACAGCAGCUCAUUGACCUUGAAGGGAAUCAGGGAAGCCAAAGCGGGUUCUUACAGCAAUAUUCGUCUUCUGCUCGCCUUUCAGAAUUAUUUCCUUUACGCAGAACAUCUACAUACCCUGAACAGCAACAACUACAGCACCAGCAGCAUAUCUCAAGUGAGCCAAUUCUUGUGCCAAGGAAUUCUCACACUUCAUAUCCUCCUCAUGGUGGACAAUCUUUACAGGCUUCACCAAAUCAUGGUCAUUUAAAUAUUCCAUACCUUAAUGGUAAUUUCCAAACUUCACCAAAUUUAUCUCCCUUUUCUAGUCAGCUUCAACUCCCUAGCUUGCAGCAUGGAUCACCACAUUUUGGCGGAAGUUUGCCACAAUUUUCUUCUGCUCUAUCUGCAAACAGUCGGCCCCCCUACCAAUGGGCUGCCCAUAUGGAUUUACGUCCUGGAGGUCAUCACAACAACUUGAAUGAUAUGUUACGGAUCCCUCAUCCAAAUGGUUUGAUGCCUCCAAAGUUGUUGCAGCAGCAUCAUAAUAGGCUGCACCAUACAGUUCAACCAUCAUUGGGUGAUUUAUCUGGCAUGCAGGCUCAGCUAUUUAAUUCUCAUCUUUCCCAGUCCCCACCUCUGACAAACAAGUAUGAGUAUGGUUCUAUGUUUGGUCCGGGUGGUAUUAGAGAUCAAAGAAUGAAACCAGCCCCAAGAGUAGGACAAAAUUUGCAGUAUCAACAGGGUCCUGAAACCAAUGGCAGGAAGAUUGACUUUGCCUGGCCUCGGUUUAGAUCCAAGUACAUGAAUACUGAAGAAAUUGACGGAAUUAUCAGAAUGCAUCUUGCUGCGACACAUGGUAAUGAUCCUUAUGUGGAUGAUUAUUAUAACCAGGGCCGUCUUGGUAAAAAAUCAGCUGGGGCAAAGCUGAGACAUCACUUUUGCCCUACUCACUUGAGGGACCUUCCUUCUCGAGCUCGUGCUAACAUGGAACCACAUGCUUUUCUCCAAGUUGAUGCUCUUGGUAGGAUGCCCUUUUCUUCAAUUCGUAGACCCCGUCCUCUUCUAGAAGUUGACACUCCAAAUUCAUCUAUUAGCAGUGCCAGUGAUCAGAAAGUUCCCGAGAAACCCCUUGAACAGGAGCCAAUGCUUGUAGCUAGAGUGACAAUUGAAGACGGUCUCUGCCUUCUCCUUGAUGUGGAUGAUAUUGACCGUUUCCUAGAAUUCAACCAGCUUCAAGAUGGCGGAGCCCAAUUGAGACACAGGAGGCUGGUCUUGUUGGAAGAGCUGGCAGUAUCUCUGCAGUUGGUUGACCCACUUGGCAAGAAUAGACAAGCAGUUGGAUUUGCUACAAAGGAUGAUUUCGUGUUCUUACGACUAGCAUCUCUUCCCAAGGGUCAGAAGCUCCUUACACGGUACCUCCAGCUCCUUCAUACAGGUGGCGGCCUAAUGCUAAUUGUCUGCAUGGCUAUUUUUCGUCAUUUGACAUUUCUGUUUGGAAAUCUUCCCUCUGAUCUUGAAGCAGCAGAGACUACCAAUGCUCUUGCAAGAGCAGUAUCAUUAUGUGUCCAGCACAUGGAUCUCCGUUCACUCAGUGCUUGUCUUGCAGCUGUAGUUUGUUCCUCAGAGCAUCCCCCACUUCGCCCCCUGGGAAGCUCUGCCGGAAAUGGAGCUUCUCUCAUUUUACUGUCUGUUCUUGACAGGGCAACUGAACUGUUGAAGGAGUUUCAAGAUGCUAGCAACAAUGAUGCAACAAAUAGGGCACAAUGGAAAGCCUCAUUUGACGAGUUCUUUGGCCUACUCUUUAAGUAUUGUAUUAAUAAGUACGACGAAAUUAUGCAAUCUUCUAUAUUAGACCCAGCUGAAGCUACAAAGAGGGAAUUGCCUGUAGAGCUUUUGCGUGCUAGUGUCCCCCACACAAACGCCUACCAGAAGAAGAUGUUGUUUGAUCUUUCGCAGCGUUCCUUAUAGUUGGUCAAUACGGAGGUAAUUCUGGUUGCAUUAAAAUCUAAUCAUAUCUGGUUUGACUUUUAUAUCUCUGCACGUUGACAAUAAUAUGUCCUGAAGUUUCCUCGAGCCAUACUUGAUUUAAGUCAGGGACAACCUUCCAAACAUACUGUUACAGCACGUCAGAAGGUACCAAACUGUUACGGCUUUUCUUAAUGGUGUAUAAAUUUUGACACAACAGUCGUCAUUUUGCUGAUUAGAGUUGCUUAUGCCCGCGAAGCUGUUUAAUUAAUGGUUGAAGCAGGUUUGUUACAAGUUGCAGGAACCUAGAGAACUUUGAAGUUUGAAUCUCCAGAAUCUCUGUAAAUACAUUGGUGUUGGAACCACUGGCUAUGAAUUUCCUUAACCUGUAUUCUUGAAUAUCAGACUCAACUUUGUGUUUGUUUUAGUGAAAAAUAGUCAGAGUGACUGGCUCAUAGAGGAUUGCUUAGUAGCUGUCAGUUCUCCCGUUUUCAGAAAAAAAAUAGCUGAAAAAGUGCUUUUAAUGGAGGAACAGCAGGAAAUUGAUUCCGGUGUGUCAGAACUCUGCUAUUCAUUAUGUUUCUGUCCGAUAUUGAAAUUCGGGGAGCAAGAAAAGAAAUUUAUCUUUCAAAGAACUUGAAGCAUUUUCUGUGCUAAGUUGUUUUUGUAAAAUUUUAUUGUUAAGAUUUUCUGGUUA